UCGGUUUAGAUGCUAAUGAUUAUGAAAGAACAAGUCUACUAUAUUGGACUGUAUGGCGCGGGAGAAGAAGGUUUAGACUUGCUGAAUAAGAAUUCCGAUCACUGAUCGGCGAUGGCGACCUCUGUGGCAGUCGCCGGAAUUCUAUCAGCACAUGAUCGCCGGAUUCUGACAGCUGUCAACGCCGGAGCCUCCAGCCUUUCUUUGUUGGGGUCAGGCUUCAUUGUACUCUGCUACCUCUUCUUCAAGGAGCUCCACAAGUUCUCCUUCAAGCUUGUGUUCUACCUCGCUCUUUCCGAUAUGCUUUGCAGUUUCUUCAGCAUCAUAGGGGACCCAUCCAAUGGAGUCUUUUGUUAUGCUCAGGGCUAUAGCACACAUUUCUUUUGUGUGGCAUCUUUCCUGUGGACUACAACAAUUGCUUUUACCCUUCAUCGUACUGUUGUGAAGCACAAAACAGAUGUUGAAGAUAUGGAGGCCGUGUUUCACCUGUAUGUCUGGGGUACUUCCCUAGUUAUGACAGUGAUGCGCUCGUUUGGUAAUGAUCAUAGACAUUUUGGCACAUGGUGUUGGACUCAAACAGGUCGCACAGGGAAGGCAAUGCAUUUUGUAACAUUUUAUGUACCACUCUGGGGUGCAAUUUUAUACAAUGGAUUUACAUACUUUCAAGUGAUACGCAUGCUGAAUAAUGCAACCCGUAUGGCAGUUGGUAUGUCAGACCGAGCUCAUGUCUCAGAUGCAAGAGAUAACAUGAGGGCUCUGAAUCGGUGGGGAUACUAUCCACUUAUUCUAAUAGGAUCGUGGGCUUUUGGCACUAUUAACCGUAUUCAUGAUUUUAUUGAGCCUGAACAUAAGAUAUUCUAUCUCUCGCUACUUGAUGUUGGAACGGCUGCUCUUAUGGGCUUCUUCAACUCAAUUGCAUAUGGCCUCAAUUCUUCUGUUCGUCGGGCAAUUUGUGAAAGACUGGACAUGUUCUUGCCGGAGAGAUUUCGCAGAUGGCUCCCCGACAAUCUUAAGUACAGGAACCAGCAACAAGAAAGUGAACUAGUCUCGUUAAAAAUUGACGACCAAUGAUAGUGAAUGCACAUAUUUUGAUCCUCCACAUCAUAUUUUGACAUGUCUCAGUCUAGUUUACUGAAAUGCUGUAUUCAUAGACAGCAGAAGAUCUUCCGGCAGCAUUCGUUCCAUGCUAUUUGUUGCACUGCUGCCUUGCUCAUGUGAAUCAUGUCAUUCACAGUGAGUUUUUUACUGAUGACUGUCCUUCUCGAAUAAAUCAGUGUAUGGGCCACUUAUUUGGAAUCUGCACUUGGAAGCCGUUAUUAUGUUUAAAUCGAAGAGUCGUUGUUUGUGGCUGCAGCAAGUGAAAUUUGUUCAAAAAAGGUUAAACGUCUAUCGGAGAUUCAUCUUUAACAAGUUUUAACUCUGAGCGUUACUUCAAGUUCUUGUAUUUCUUUCUAAUUUCUGAAACUGGACAUUUGUUUAAUUUUGUAGUUGUAUAGGUAGGUGCACUUAACAAUUGUUACGAAUUGCUUAACGUUUUUUUUAAAAAAAAAAUUAAAAA